UUAUGGAUGAAAUGAAGACGUGAAGGAAAGUGUGGUGUUGAAAAUGUGUAGAGACGAGUGAAAGGCAGUGAAGGUGUGUUUAGGGCAAUGUUGCGUUAGAUGUAGGGAUAAUUAGUAAACAAGGUAUUGCUGUUUUGUUAAUUUUGUCCAUUACAGGAGUUGACUAUCCGAAGGCCUGACUCGCAGCGGCAAUGAGCCUCGUGUACCUUGCAUUACCUACGCCACCGCCGCAAGAUGAGGGAAGAAGAGCUGUUUGGUAACCAUAUUAGGGCCCAUAUCACCCCCCGAAGCUCAUCAUGGGUGUAACCACCUAGAACCUGGGUAUCAUGGUGACACGAGUUGGUGAUCCAAAAGCCGCCCCACAGCCGCUACUGCUACUCGGAGGGUUUCUGCCUUGCAUCGGGCCUUCACACGUGCCGCCGUCGCCGCUACUGACAGGGAUUUCGCCUCGCUGCGGCCUGGCAAACACCACCUACGUCACCGCUAUUGACACUGAGGGACUUCGCCUCGCAGCGGCCUGGCAAACACCUGCUACAUCACCACUACCGCUGCCGCCGCCGUCCAGUGAGAGAUUCAUCUCUGACAUCCUGCCAUUCAACGCCUGCUGCCACCACCACCACCUCCUUAUGGUUCUGUCACUGUACUGAAGCUGUUGUCAUGAUUGAAUAAUAAAUUGUGAAGAAAU